GAAUAGCAUACCAUCACAUUGGAAAAAACCUAUUUUAAAAAUGCAGUCAACUGAAUCCGCUGAUGAUUCAGUUCUACGCGUAUGUUCUGUGUCAAACCAUAGACGUACGAAGAAGGUCCAACAAAAAAUCAACAAGGAUUCUUCUGAUGAUUUAAUGGAAUUGGAAUCUUUAUCUGUAUUAGAUUCUAAUCCGUUGUUACACGCUUCUGAGCCUGGAGUUCCACUACGUUGUUUAAAUACAUGGACUUCAGAAUCACCUUUUCCUAAGCCUGUACAUGAACAGUUUAAGGACGGCCAAUAUCCAUUAGGCGAAGUUUGGGAAUAUAGCGGUGCCGGAGCUACCCGUGUGAAUGAUGCGGAAAAACGCCAUUUGGAUAAGUUAUCAAUAGACAGCUACCAGGAUUUGCGUCGUGCUGCUGAGGUUCAUCGACAAGUUCGACGUUACAUUCAAUCUGUAAUUCGACCGGACAUAUCGUUGAUUGACUUGGUUAAUGCCAUAGAGACCAAGUCUAAGGAGCUGAUCGCAUCUGACGGUCUGAAGUGUGGUUGGGCAUUUCCGACAGGUGUUUCUAUUAACCACUGCGCAGCUCAUUACACUCCUAACUAUGGUGAUAAAUCUAUGUUGCGGUAUGGUGAUGUUUGCAAAGUUGAUUUUGGUACUCAUGUAAAUGGUCACAUCAUCGACUGUGCUUUCACUGUAGCAUUCGAUGAACAAUAUGACAACUUGCUUCGUGCUACUCAGGAUGGUACUAAUGUUGGCAUAAAACUCGCUGGCAUUGACGCUCGUUUGUGUGAGAUUGCUGAGGAAAUACAGGAUACUAUUGAGAGUUAUGAAGUCGAGAUCAAUGGCAUCACAUGUCCUGUAAAGGCUAUUCGCAACCUUACUGGGCAUAGUAUUGGAUCAUAUCGCAUACAUUCUGGCAAGGCGGUGCCAAUCGUUCGCAACAGCGGGUGCACCGACAUUAUGGAGGAGGGUGAUUUAUUUGCUAUUGAGACAUUUGCUUCUACUGGUAAAGGUCUAGUCCUCGAGUCUAUGGAAUGCUCACACUACAUGAAAGACUUCAAUGCUACUUACGUCCCUUUGACACUUAAGAGUGCUCGUGAAGUAUUGAGGAGCAUAAACACUCACUUUGGUACAUUAGCUUUUUGUCGACGUUGGUUGGAUGACGUUACUGGUUCUCGUAAUCUGUUAGCUUUGAAGCAUUUGGUUGACAAGGGUGUUGUAAAUCCUUAUCCUCCUCUUUGUGAUGUUCGUGGUUCCUAUACUUCUCAGAUGGAACAUACGAUUCUGUUACGUCCAACUUGCAAAGAAGUGUUAUCUCGUGGAGAAGAUUACUGAAGUUGCCCAUCAUCAACCCGAGUGGUAAAUAUGAAUAUAC